AUGGAAACAACUCUUUCUUAUUGCAAUGCACAAGCUAUAAAGGGAGAAAUCAAGAAUUGCCCAAAAUCCCUAGAAAAAAUGAUUAGUAUCUCAAAGUUUGCCUUAGGCAAAAACAACUUACUUGCACUGGCUUCAGAAUGCACGAGAAGUGAAUUCCUGAUAAGAAAGAUCAAGAAAUUUGAUAGGCAGAAAGUAGCUGCCUACCAUGAAGUUUAUCCUCCCUUUGCAGCCUAUUUCUGCCAUUCAAUCUCUUCAACUCAACUCUAUGCUGUAGACUUGGUUGAACCCAAGACUCGACUCCCAGUUAGCACUGUGAUUGCAAUAUGUCAUAUGGAUACCUCAGCUUGGCCUGCAAGUCAUGUGGCUUUUAAGAUUCUGAAAUUCUCCCCUGGAGAAGGCGAGGCAUGUCACUGGAUGUCAAGCAUUGAUCUGGCAUGGAUUGCCGUUGACUAG